AGAGACCCAAAUUUAUUCUAGUAAUGGGCAGAUCUAUCUCAGUGAGAGCUGCAUAAAGAGGCUGUUGGAGAUUGCAAUAGGGUCUGAGUUUCUCAGGCUGCAGGUAGAAGGAGGUGGUUGUUCAGGUUUCCAAUACAAAUUUUCCUUGGAUACAGUUGUCAAUUCUGAUGACAGAGUUUUUGAGAAAGACGGUGCCAGAGUGGUUGUGGACUUGGACAGCUUAAGCUUUGUGAAAGGAGCAAUGGUGGACUUCAACCAGGAGCUAAUUCGCAGCUCGUUCCAAGUAGUGAACAAUCCACAGGCAGAACAAGGUUGUUCUUGUGGAUCAUCUUUCUCGGUUAAACUCUGAUCGAACUACUCCAUGUGGACUGAAUGAUGAAGAAACAUUUCUUGUGUUGUUUUUUCCUGUUCUCCAGUUCAGCUGAAUAACUGGUUUAGUCUGUUGUACUGCAUGAUAAAAGAAACUAUCUUAGGCAAGACUCAGUCACGAACUGAUUUAUCCAAGACUGAAUAUGAAACGAAUUAAUCUCUAGUCUCUGUGAGUUUCAAGUCUUUGCUUUAGAGGACAGAUCUAAGCAAUCGCCUUCUGCUGUAAUGUCAUGAACUAUU